GGAGGAGGUGGGGAAAUGAUCAUUGCAUGGGGUCGAGCGUGUGCAGAACUAGCAGCUCACGGAGUCUGCACAGCGGAGGUUGAAAUGUUGGCUAAUUAAUUGGACGGAAUAUGUCGUUGGGUCGUCCGUCUCGCACCCCCCUCUCCUUGCGUCUGACAAGAGUGUGAUGUUUAAAUGGGCCAAGUUAACAGCGGCGGAGAGGGCAAAUCAUGUUUCGUCUCUGAACUACAGCGUGACUCCAGAAACAAAAAUGUAGGUUCAAAAUAAAUUGUAUGAAGCUAUUCAGUAGUAAUAACUUUUUUUUCUUCAAAAAAAUAAGAAAUUCUGGUCUUUUUGGAAGUCUAAAGAGGGGGAUGUUUUUUUAAAUAAUUUAUUUAAAAAAUAAGAAACUUUAGCAUUUGGUGGAGAUGGUACAACUUUUUCAAGAAGUGGGUUUGAUCAGAGUGGGCAGAGCGGCGCGGUGUAACCGGACACACGUUUGGUCCGUUUGAGGUUUAUUCAUUGAAAAGUGGCGAGGGGGGGAACAACCUUGCCUCGAAUUGUGAGGUUACAUCGAAUUUUAGAGAAAAGCCGCUGCUAGUUUCGUCCUCGCCCGGAAACAAGAGAAAGGUAAUCAGUUAGAAAAAAAAAGCUUCAGGUCGAUAGCGGAUCAAUAAGCAUUUCGCCAAGAUAAUGUACACGGCGGCGAGUACCUUUCUGAGAUGUCAGGUACGGGGAGACAGAUUAGAGCGACGGCAGAGGUCGACGUGUUAGAUCUAAGUAAAGCCGACAAGACAUUCCUGGUCGAGGGCUGGAGAUAUCACAGGUCGAGGCCGCCCCUGCAUUUCAACGGCUGCUGUGGGAAGGAGAAACUAGCGGGAGAGGAACUUAUCGCCAGCCUGCACAUGAGGAUGCCAGCUAUCAAGAAGGAGAGGGUGGACGGGGAGAUGAUCACUCGGGGACUGCUGGAUGGUUUACCCGAAUAUCUGCCCCCACUCACUAUCCCAGUGGUGAGACCUCACCAUCCGACGCCUUACGAGCACAUCUUCACCCGGCGCCAGCGUGCUUUCCUGGGUCUCCCGGAGCCCGCUCACCCGAGCGACCUGCUGCUGGAGCGCUUCCACUCCAUCCCCGACUUCCAGCCCAUCUUCGACAACGGGGAGCCCUGCAUCGAGGUGGAGUGCGGCGAAAACAAAGCGCUCCUCUACGUCCACAAACUGUGCCAGGGCAGCAAGGGACCUUCCAUCCGCUACCGGGGCGAGUGGCUCACCCCCAACGAGUUCCAGUUCGUCAGCGGCAGAGAGACAGCAAAGGACUGGAAGCGGAGCAUAAGGCAUAAAGGGAAAAGUCUGAAGACCCUUAUGUCAAAAGGAGUCUUGCAAGUCCACCCUCCAAUCUGUGAUUGUCCCGGCUGCAGGAUCUCGUCUCCAGUGAACCGGGGGCGCUUGGCGGAGAAGAGAACAAUACCACUGCCACCCACAAGAGUACCGAAGAAAGAACAUUCCUCGGCGUUUAUCCACAGUGAAGACAGUGAAGAGAGCGAGAGAGCUAAUGGUGGCCACCUUGCCGAGGUAAAGCGGGAAGAGGAGUUACAGGCGAUCAACAUGAAGCGAAGAUUGGACGCUUAUGGCCAGCAGCGAGAGGAGAUUUUCAGCCCGUCAGUCUGCACUUCUUUGCACCCGGAUCCCAGAGGUGAAAGUCGUGACAGUGACCUCUCCACCAUCAUUUCCAACUUGCACCAGAGCAGGCAGCUCGUGAUGCCCGAGAGUCAGAGUCGGAAUGAGAUAAAGCGGAACGGCGUGGACUUGCUCCCGGGGCAGGCGGAUGAAAUCUUAGGAAAGCGGAGAGUAUGUUCGCCGAACAACAUCAGUGAGUGUCUGGAAGUCAAACGGCGGAGGAGCGAAUCACCCAAAGAAAAGUGUCAGACUCCAUUAAUCGAGGAGCAGAUUAUUCAGAUGACCCCGGAGGAACACUACAGGCGAAUGAUGUCUGCCCUGAACGACCACGGGACGUACGAGGAGCAGCAACAGCGCUUGUACCAACUGGCCAACAGCAUGGGAGUGCCGACCCACGGAGACCUGCUGAGGGUUCGGCAAGAAGCUGCCAACGCCAUCCGCACGUCCGCUGCCAUGGAGGCUCACAUUCCGUCAUCCAGCAGCUCGUCGAGUCAGAGGAGGAAGCAGGGACUCCCCCAGCACAGGGACGCACAUUUUAACGAGAGCAAUAUGACGCACGCAAACCCUCUACUGUCACCUCAGAACGCCCCGCACAUUGCCCUCGGCCCCCACCUGCGGCCCCCUUUCCUCGGAGUGCACUCCACUCUGUGCCAGACCCCAGGGUACAGCUUCCUGCAGCCGGCCCAGGCGGAGAUGUUCGCACGGCAACAGGAGAUGCUACGGAAACAGAACCUGGCCAGAAAUGUCCCAGUGAUCCGAUUGGCUGCUGCAAAAGAACAACACUGGUUGGAGAUGUCAGCAGAGUUGCUGCGCCAGAAGGAGUUUGAGAGCAUGCACCGUCAGCGCAUGCUGGCAGUGGACCCGCUGUCGCUGCACCAGGGUCUGCCGCCGGACCACCCUGCGCUGCGGAGCCUGCACGACAUCCCAGAGGGCCACCCUCUGCGGGAGGAGCUGUCGAGGAGGAACGCCAUGCUGGUGUUGCGUCACAGCACGGCGCCCCUGCUGAGCCUGAGCCACGGGUCCGUGCCCACGGGGGGUCUGGUCAAGGAGCCGUGCCGGGGCAAGGGGGGCCGCAGGGGGGGCCACCACCGGCCGGAGGCACCGUGCGCCGCAGAGCACAAGGAGCGGGGCGAGGGGCGACUGAGGGAGCCGGCCAUGGAGGGCGCGGACGAGGAGAUGAAGGACUCGGAGAGUGACCUGGAGGGAAGCGAGGGCAAGCCGGACAACCUGAAGAUCGAGGCCGCCGGGCUCGGGCACGGGCACGAACUGAAGGAGUGCAGGGACCCCAGGCCCGGCGAGGCCAUCAUCAGGGAGCUGCGCGAGGCUGGCGUCGUUCACCACACGCCAUGCGGCCCCGUGGGGGUCGACUCCCCCAGCCACCUCCUGGGACCCCCCAUCAACGAGGGCAAAGCCAAGUACCUCCCGCCCGUGCCCGGACCACUCCCACAGCCACUGCCCUUCGCAUUCCCCUACACAGCCAACCCCUACUUCCAGACAGGCGGCAUUGGAAGCCUCUUCCUGGAUACAGAGGAUGGAACAUCAGUGGAGGACAUCAGCAAGUGGACGGUGGACGACGUCUGCAACUUCAUCACCGGUCUCUCUGGCUGUGCGGAGUACACCCAGGUGUUUAGAGAACAGGCAAUCGAUGGUGAAACGUUGCCCCUUCUAACAGAGGAACACUUACUGAGCACCAUGGGGUUGAAACUGGGACCAGCACUAAAAAUAAGAGCACAGGUGGCCAAGAGGAUCGGCCGGGUCUUGUACAUGGCGAGCUUCCCGCUGGCAAUGCCGCUCCCGCCCCCGACGCUCAGACCGCCCGAGAGGGACCUCCCUCCUGCCGAGAACCGCCCCUCCUCCACCGGCAGCGCCGCCUCGCCCUAUGGCAGCGUCCAGGCCAACCGCAUCUCGCCAAAGCAGGAGAACGGCAACCCUUCUGCCCUGGGACUCGGCGACAUCGGCAAACCGCAGUUGUGAUGGCGACGGACGAACGGGCCCUCUCACGAGACCAAAGUAUUUAUUUUGGAGCGUCAACGUCACAGGUUGACUGCAUUCCCUUGAAAACAAAUACUCGCGGCUGUCAAAAUACAGUAAAGACUGCUUCUUUCCUUUCCUUCAAGACUUCGCUCUAUUUCCAACCUCCCACCCCCUCCCCAUGGACAACGGGAACAAAGCCGGCAAAAAUUGAUGAAGAAAAUACAAAGAGACAGUGUCGGAGAGAGUUCGACAACAAGGCUUGCCUACCCCAAACAAGGACGGAGUUGCUGAAUCUGCUUCGAGCCGCGAGAUGUUAUACAACUCCUCUUCCCCCCCCCACCCCCACCUUUUGUUAAGCAGAAACGAAGUGCAGAGGAUAAUGACAUUAAAAUACCGUGAACAGUGAACAAUGAACAGUGCACUUGUACCAAAAAAACACAAAUGUCCAUCACAGACCCGAGACUUAAGAUUCAAUAUAAAAAUAACAGGUUUCACAAAAGCACUCAUUUUGACCAGGAGCUGGAGGUAGGGGCAGUGUCUAUGCAUUUGUCCAAUACUAAACCAAAGAUGAUGAUGGUUGGUCUGUUUACAAUAUAUUUCUGAGUGGUA